GUAACGUACUAGGCUACCUGCAUUAACGGCGCGUGAAGCACCUUCAAGAACGUAGCAGUUGUAUGGUACUAAAGUGCACUCUUUGUAAUAAAAGUAACCACAAAAAAAAAAAUAAUAAUAAUAAGCGAUACUUUACGGAUUGUCGGAGACAGGGAGAUUACCACUAACUAAGAGCUGCCACAACAAUGCGAUUAUUUUUAGUGUCGGCGCUCAGCUUGCUAGCGGCUAGCAGCUGUGCAAAUGCCGCCGCCGUUGCUGGUUAUCCUUAUCGCAGCGAGUUGCUUGCCUAUAGUCCUGCGCGUGGUGAGUUUCCCGUGGUGAAUGCGCUAACGCCCGGCUACGUACGCUUCAUCGAUCAACAGGGUGUCGAACAUUUGGUUGGUUAUAAAUAUCCUGCGCCUGUACAGAGUAGGCGCGACUCUAAUGAGGAAUAUCUCUAUCAAUUGGCGAAGGAGUCGUUGAAAAAAGAAGGAGCAGAGUAUAUCCAGGCACGAAAUGAGCAUUUACGUUUGUGGGCGAUAGAUCAGUAUGUUAGAUAUAGACAAGAAAGUGAUCGUCUCAAAUUGGCCGGACAGCAGCCGACAGCUGAGCUGAUCGCUAAAAUCAAUGCACUGGAGGUUUUGAAUAAUGCCAUUAGAAAAGGCGUCGAUAUUGAGAAUCCCGCCACAAAGUCAUUGCGUGAAGAGCAUACGCGCUUGUGGGACGAAUCGCGUCGCAGUGCGCAACAGGUCACGAAGCCACUUGCUGUGGCAACCGCUACGAAACCAACAAUUUAUUUACGUGUCGCUGGCGCUGAGCAGGAGUUUAUUUCUAAAGCCGAUCCAACACAACCACAAAUUGCUGUGGUAGGUGAAACACCGGAACAAAAGAAGGUGCGGGAAGAGCAUUUACGGCUUUAUCAAGAGCAACUGCAGCGCGUGCAAGGCUUACAAGCAGAUUCCGAAAAGUCCAAAAGCGAGACUUUAUUGCAGGAUGUGCGUAUCGGUUAUGCAGCUGGCAAAUACGAGCAGGAGCUACAGAUAAAGGAACAGCAGCAGCAACAACAAAUACAACAGCAGCAGCAACAGAGGACCCAGCAAGAGCAGGCAAAAGCACAGGGUGUUAAAAUUGUUGAAAACUUAAGCUACAUACAAGAAACGCCCGAAGUGCAGCAAGCUAAAGCCGAGCACUUACGUUUGUGGCAUGAGGCGAAAUUGCGCGCAGAUAAAGAGGAGCAAGCGAACGAAAAACACGGGGAGCAUCAUUCCGCAGGUGACGCAAAGGAAGGGCGUUAUAAUACACAAUUUUUGACCAAUGCGAUACCAACAGCAGUCCCCAAGCAGACGCGCCCAACCUACGAAUUGCAACAACUUCAACAAUUAAGCACUUACACAACAGCUAAUGAACCGAAUAUGCAACUGAAAACCGAUGCGAAUCCACAAGUGCCCACACCCGUCCAAGACACACCCGAGGUGCAACGCGCACGCGCCGAACAUUUUCGUAUUUUGGAAGAAUUACAAAAGAAAGCAGAUUUCAUAGCAGAUAUACAGCCCAACAGUGAGAUUGCAGCUCAGCCAGCACAACAACAAGCAACUCAAGAAAACAUCAGCGAAUACGUAGCCACAACAAAAUCGAUCACGACCGACGUUGCGAACUCUCAAAGCCAGCCACAAGCACAGAUUGCCGUACAAGAAACCGAGGAAGUGAAACGUGCACGGGAGGAACAUCUUAAGUUGGUUAAGGAGGCACAUUUGAAGGCGAGUCAAUAUCAAACCGAAAUCACUGAGAACGCAGCUGCGCCAAAACCCACGUUCUACUUGGCCACAACUGCUGAUAAAACCACCGAUGAGCAUGCCGAUGAAGAGACACGUCUGCGUGCUGAGGAAGUGAAACAACGUCAAACUGAAUUGUUAGCUGAGACUGCACGUUUGAGGGAGGAGCAACGUUUGCAAGCUGAAGAACUGUUGCGUUUACAGCAAGAGGAGCAACGUCGUCAGGAGCAAGAGCGUUUAGAUCUUGCUGCUGAAAACAAAGAUGCGGAAAACUAUGCUGAAAAGACGCAACUGCCAAUUAUUGUGCCGGCAACAAAGGAUACACUCGACCAGUUAAUCCAAACACAAUUGCAAACUGGCAGCGAUUCCGCUGUAACCUAUGACAUACGUGACAGUGAGAAAUAUGCCACAAAUCCAUAUUUAUUACGUUACGCCAUUCAAACGCCAAGCCCUCAACAACUCGGUAAACCCAUUGCUGCUACUACCGCUUAUUUCUUGGGCGCACAACAAUCGGCCCAACAGCAACAAAGUUAUGGCCAACCUGGUGUUUACUAUCUGCGUGAUGCUAGCGAUAGCUACAUUAAAUUGGAUAAUCCAUAUUUUCUACACUACAUAACCAAUCAACAGGGUGGUAAGGAGAUGUUGGCCACAGCUGAUGCGGCUUCCCUAGCGUCCGCAUUGUCUGCUUUACAUCAAGGCCAAGGCCAAAGGAUUGAACAGCCAAUUGCCCCGUCUUUUGCUGACAAACCCAUUGCGCCAAUCAUUCCAAUUGCUUCUCUGCCUUCGAGCGCGCAACUUAUACCCAAUGCACCAAUAGCAUCCAGCGCCCCACUCACACCAAUUACUUCAGCUCCACCGGCCCUUCCAAGUGCGCCAAUUUCACCAAGCGCUCCCGGUUCCGCCAAUAUGAAAAUCUUUUAUGGCAAUGAGGCUGCGUUAGCUGCUUUGGAGCAAGCGACACGCGAUCAUUUUCGGGCGCAUGAAAUCGCCUUGGAACGUUUGCGUUUAGCUAAUCAAAAGCAACCGGCGCAGAAGGAUUGCAACUGAGCGUAAAGGCUGACGAAGCAUUGGAUCUUGUACUCAAAUUUAUUGCUAUCUUUAAAGAUCGUCUAAAUUAAAAAAAAUUGUGAAAUUUUCUUUAGUUAUUUUAAGUAAGUUGUAAUUUUAAGAUUUUCUUCCUUUGUUUUAAGAAGCAAUAUUGGAAAACAAUAAAAAAAUGGUUUCGUUGAAAACACAAA